AGGAGGCGAGGCUUUACGAAUGGGAGAAAACAUACGUAGUGCUUGUGGGCGAGGAAGAAGAAGAGGAACAGGAGAACGAGGUACCGGGAAAGGCAGAAGGAGGCAAGGAGACGAUGGGACAAGAAUCGGCGCUGCUCCACCAAGCCUUCAAGAACACGCACUUCAUCCUCUACCUCGUCCCUCGCCACGCAUCGCCUACACACCUCGCCGACCCUCCAGGCCUCGCUACUACGAAGGGUACACGAACAGGAGCGGAACGUGGCGUCAAGGUAUACACGCGUUGCAUCUACUGCGCCGCCGGUGGAGCGUCUCUUCGUCUUCUGUAUACAUGGAAACCGUCGCAAACUGAUCAGCUCUCCACUUCCUUCUUUCCUGGGCCCCUUCGAAGUCUGCAGGGCCACCGUCUGCGCAUCGUGUCCAUGGAGUGGUUCCCCUUCAUCGACUACAAGCGCCACACACCGGAGGGCGGCGCAGUGGUCACCCCGCGGGACUCACUCGACUACCGAAUGCUCAAGGAGAUCUCCAAGCGACUGAAUUUUACUUACGAGAUGCGAGCGCCUUGGGAUAACCAGUGGGGGACAUCGACUUCAAGCGGGAACUGGACGGGUGUGGUGGGGACGCUGCAGCACCAGAAGGCAGACUUUUCCAUGAUGCUCUCCUACAUGCCGACGCGCCUCUCCAUCGUCCACUACUCCGGUAUCUACGCCUCGGAGCCCCUGGUGAUGGUGACUUCGAAGCCGCGGCCGCUCUCCCAGGCGUCUGCACUUAUCCGGCCGUUCUCUGUCGAGGUGUGGGUGGUGACGUUGGUGUCGGCGGUGGCUUCGGGCGUCGUGCUAUGGGGGCUGCAGCGGGUGUGGGCGUGGGCUGCGGGCUGCGAGGGGCUGGAGCUGAGCAGAGCCAUGAUGACCACUUGGGGCAUCCUGCUUGAAGACCCGCCCAUCAAGCUCCCCUCCAAUAUGACCGGUCAGAUGGUGGUGGGGUGGUGGUGGGUGUACUGCAUGCUGCUGACCAUCGUGUACCGCUCCUCCCUCAUCGCCCACCUCACCGUGCCCGGACAGUCGCCAACGUUGGAGAGCCUCGCCGACCUGCUGAAAGCCAAUCGCCGUGAGCGUUGGACGUGGGGUUACGAGCCCACGUACGGCAGCGGCUGGGAGUGGCUCAAGAUCAACGAGAACCCCACCGUCAGGACCGUCUUCAAGUCCCUGAUGGUGAGUGAGAGAAAGAGGAAAGUUGUUACGUUCUCACAUACAUUUACGAUGAACUCCUCCUCCUCCUACUUCUUCUACUCCUACUCCUACUCUUCCUCCUCCUACUAUUACUACUAUUACUAUUACUAUUGUUUAUAUCUCAUUCAUGCUCUUAUUCAUUUUCGAUCCUAUUCCCAUAGACUUAACACUCCUAACCCAAUGCUCCCCACGCCCACUAACACCCACCGCGCACUUCCAUCUCUCUCCCACACACGCCUGCAGGUGGUGGACCUCGACGAGCAGCUGGCACGGGUGAUUCGAGGCCGCCACGCCUUCAUCACCUGGAAGUAUUACAUCCGCUCGGUGGUGGCCGCGCGGUACAAGGGCGCCUCCCCACUCCACACGGCGAGGGAGGAGCUCUUCAACUACGGCGGCUAUGGCUGGGGCUUCAGGAGGGGCGCGCCGUUCCGAAGUCUGGUGGACGAUUUGCAGGGCCGCCUUGUGGAGUCCGGACUAGUGACCACGUGGCUUGACCAGCUGGUGGAGGCGGGGAUGACUGCACGCUUGCCGGAACCCGCCACGCCCACAUUGGACACCCAGCUGCUUCUGUCCCAACAGCAGGAAGGGGCGGCCCGGGUAAUCUUGGGCCUGGGUCACCUGCAGGGCAUCUUCUACCUACUCGGAUUCGGCCUCGCCCUCGCCUUCGCCACCUUCCUCGCCGAGCUGCUGCCAUUCUGCCGCCCCGAGGACACCCACAAACCUUUCCACCUUAAAUUCCGUUAAUCUCCACUUCUCAUACACACGCAAACAGACAAAUAUAAAAAAUACCCUCUCCUUUCCCGU